CAUGUGAUACCUCAUGAGAGGAUUGUCAUGAGUUUAUGUAGUACACAAAUCCCACACACUAUACAAUAUAAACAGGACGCCUUUACUGGUAUACAGACAGGAAAGAAGACACUUACCCUGGUAUGUGAAUUAGAUUGCUGUGAUUUACGAUGUCACUGAAGUUCCUUCUACCCCUGCUGGUGGCCAUCGUGCACUCGCUUUUUGCUGUACCUCAAGACACUUUACGUUAUAACAGAUUUUUGGUAGAAGACAAGCCAGGUGUUGGGGAAGCUGGCAAUGUUGCAGCCAGUCAGCCAGAUCUGGUUGUGAAUUUGCCUGGCCUUGCUAAACAACCAGCAUGGAAACAUUACUCUGGAUAUCUGAAAGCUUCUGGAACAAAGAAACUCCACUACUGGUUUAUAGAAUCUGCCAACAAGCCAUCAACCGACCCCCUGGUCCUGUGGAUGAAUGGUGGACCAGGUUGUAGCUCUGACCUUGGGCUCCUUACAGAACAUGGGCCAUUCAGGAUUUCCAAGGAUGGAUCUGGUGUGACUUACAAUAAAUAUAGCUGGAACAAUGUGGCCAACAUGUUGUAUCUGGAGGCCCCGGCUGGUGUCGGCUACUCCUACUCUGAAGACAAAAACUACACCACCAGUGACGAUGAAGUUGCAAGUGACAACUACCUAGCCUUGAAGUCUUUCUUCGUCAAAUUCCCUGAGUACAAAUCCAACCCGUUUUACAUAACGGGUGAGAGUUAUGGGGGUAUUUAUGUACCAACCCUCUCUGCUAUCGUCCUACAUGAUUCCAGUAUGAAUUUCCAGGGAAUGGCCAUAGGCAACGGGAUAUCAAACUUCGAUACCAACGAUGAUUCGCUGUUAUACUUUGGAUAUUAUCAUGGUCUUAUCGGAGAAGAUUUGUGGAACAAGAUGUUGAAUGCAUGCUGCCCUGGACAGUCAGUGAGACAGUGCCAUUUUCAGACUGGUUACACUUACAACAGUGACUGCAGUGAUCUGGUUGGCCAAGGUCUAGAUGUGAUUACCAGUUCAGGCCUCAAUGAGUACAACCUGUAUGCUCCGUGUGAUGUACCCAAACCUGAUGGCUACAUCUACAACAACAACUCCUUUGUCUAUGAUGUCCCGAGUUUUGGGCACCAGAACCACCCAUACAUGAUUAAGAAACUAAAUAAAAUUAAGUUACAUCAGCAAUAUGAAGAAUCAGUGCAACUGACCCCACCGUGUCUCGACUAUGGAUAUGCCAUAAGCUACAUGAACACUGCAGAAGUAAGGGUCGCCCUACAUAUAUCGCCCUUCGCUCAGGACUGGGACGUUUGCAGUGAUACUGUAAACAGUGGGUAUAAGACACAGUACAAUGAUGUGACAGAGUUUUAUAUGACAGUGCUUAAUGCAGGGAAAUCGGUUCUUGUGUACAAUGGUGAUAUAGAUAUGGCCUGUAACUUCCUUGGCGAUGAGUGGUUUGUGGAGAAACUCAACCUGCCUGUGGAACGGCAACGAGGACCCUGGUAUGUGACAGACUCCAAUGGGAACAAGCAAGUGGCUGGGUUCACCAAACAGUUUAAACAGCUCACUCUCACCACCAUACGGGGAGCCGGCCAUAUGGUACCCCAGGACAAGCCCGAAGCUGCCCUAGAGAUGUUUGCCAGCUUUGUACAAGCAAAAAGGAACUAGGUUACACGACAGAAAACAGCCAGGAACCAAAAUCUGCACAAACAUUUUUUCCUAGGGAAACAUUAAUUUGAUUGUGUUAUAUGACAUUUGGAAAAAAGGUUGAAUACAGCUUUACAUGCGGUCAAAAUAAUGUGUUCUGUAGUUAAAAUGAAGUGUUGUUUUGGAUACCUUAACUGAACACAUAGAUGCCAGUUAAAAAUGUAUCUCUAAGUUUUCUAUCAGAUAAAAUGCAAAUGACCAGUCGCCAAUUGUCAAUCAAACUAUCAGUUGACCAAUAAUGUGAUUAUGUUUUGUAAAUAAAUAUAAGCACAUGGUUGCAUUAUCCAAUGGUUAAGCAGGUAAAAUUCCAUCAAAUGAUCUUGACAAGUUGAAAUAAUUGCUUUGGCGACUGGUCAAUUUUGCAAAAAAAGUAAGAGAUACAAUAUAAGUAUCUAUCAUGUGUUUCUGGUACAGAUAGAAAAAUCCGACCCGAGGGCACGGGCAUAAGCCGGUAACGAGGCUUGCAGAGUUACCGGCCACGCAGCAAGGGUCAGAUUUUUUUAUCCGUACCGGAAACACAUGAUUGAUAUUUUUUCUUGCAUAUCUGAUAUCAAUUUGUGGAAAAAAUGACGUAGAAAACAAUCUUUGGUACAAUUACACCAAAAAGCAUGUGCGACGUCAUAAAGCGCAGUAAUUUUAAAUAACUAAACAUCCUGUUUUUUACGAUUAUUUAUUUUCAAUUUUGAUUAAAAGUAUUGCAUACAUAUAUAUUUCAUUGUGCUUUAUUGAAAUGGCAUAAUAUACUUAUCACAAACCAUACAAUAAAAGAAAUAAGAAGUGGCGCGUUGUUGCGCAUGACUCAUCUUACAUGGGGGGUGUAAGAUGAGUUUUUCCAGCACUGGUCAUAUGACCGGAAACACAUGUCCGGUAUGCAAGAAAAUGCCAUCUUCAAAGUACUUGUUACUAACAACAUAUAGCACAGCUAACAAUAUAUAAUGUGUUAUUUUUUCAUACAAUUACUUUUAUCAAGAUCUCUAAGCAUAAAUGAUUGUUGCCAUGGUUAUUGUCUUUUUGUUGUCGAUUGAAUGCAAUUAUUGGUGACUAAAAAAUGAGUGUAGGACAAAAAAUUCCCCUGACAAAAAAACUCCCACUCAUUUUUGUAUAGGUGGACAAAUCCCCCCUCACCAAUUUUACUAGUCAAAAAUGUGGGGCAGGUGUUUGUGUUUUGUCCAGUGAUGUUUUAUCUGGCUUGCGGUAAAAAUGUUAUGUUGUGAUUCGAAAAAAUAGUGCUUAAACAGUAGGUACACUACUUCAUAGUGUAAAACGCAUUAAUAAUUGUGUUUUAUUCAUAUCAUCAAGCAAUAUCAAAUAUACACAAAGUCUUCUACCUCAAUACUAUUCCUACAAACGAGACUUAAAACCUGUCAAAUUUAUUAAUAUCUGUUUUAAUUAUCUUUAUAUUUUUUGGUUUCAGUUAAUGACUUAUAUAGCAUUUUAUUUCUGGACAUUUUAUAUUGUGCCAUGGCAUUUUUGAUACUGUCAGCCUCGGCUGCUUACACAACUUACACAGAUGACUCAGGUUCAUUCAUAGAUUUUUCAGAUGUAUUUUCUAUUGUCAAAUGAAAUCAAAGAGUAUUUAAGUUUUGCAUGACUUUGUACUACAUGUAUGUUCUUGAGUUUGAAAUUGUUCAUGCAUUUGUUUGCAUCAUUCAUAGAAAUCCUUUUGAAAAUGAACUAUCUUAUCAACAGUGUUUCACAAGAUUUUUUUUUUUUUCAAAUUUGAUAUUCUUGGUGCUUAUAAGGCCAAUCUGAUAGACACGUUGUAAUUUGUUGUUGUUUUUUGCUUAUUUUCAAACAAAAACAAAUUGCAAUUAAUAUGUAAUUUAUUAAUCAUAAGAUAAUUUAUAAAAUGAUUUUGUAGAUAUAAAUGCUUGUUGAAAAGUGACACUUAUAAUCCACAAUCUUGUAAUAGAUGAUUUUGCUCAAUGAUAUUAAUUGCCACUUUAUCAUAAUAUUCAUAAUUCUAUUAUUAUACUCGGUUUUCACAGCGCAUUAGUCUUUCAGAACAAUAGUUUAUUUGUUCACUAAAAUUAAUGUUAUUUAUGUAUCGCCAUUUUAAUCAAGACAUUGGUUCUUUUCAGUGAAUAAAUGUUCUAAAAAAAUGAA